GGUCCAAUGGUUGUCGGGGAUAAAGGCCCAACAUACAUUGGGUCGGCCCAAAUAGUCCUUGUCCCGAUGGCGACGCGUUCCGAGUUGAUAUUGGAUCGGGUAGACAGACGUCCCGACUGCUUGUCGGAACAUACUUGGGCGCAACAAGGCUUGCCUGGAGCAAGAAAAAGUACGAGGCAAGAAUCAUCUUGAGUGGAACCAAUCACCUCUGUCCAACCAUCUAUCAUGACUUUCGUGCCACACAUUAAAUGCGGAGGCGAAAUCUGACACGCAUGCUCCCGGCGGCAAGCAUGCUAGAGUGUGGGCGUAAAUAAUAUACAGUAAUUUUCAAAGAGUUCAAUGUGGCGGAAGGAGAAGGAGGAGUGAUCGAGAGAUAUAGUAGCUUGCGGAGAUGCUGAAAGAUCAAGUGGCGUAUUUGUUGCAGCGGUAUUUGGGCAACUAUGUCUCAGGACUCAACAGAGAAGCUCUGAAGAUUAGUGUCUGGCAAGGUGAUGUAGAACUUAACAACAUGCAAUUGAAACCAGAGGCAUUCAAUGCAUGGAAGUUGCCUGUGAAAAUUACGGCCGGAUUCCUUGGAUCAGUUAAACUUAAGGUCCCGUGGAGCAGGCUUGGCCAAGAUCCUGUCGUAGUUCACCUUGAUCACAUUUUUUUAUUAGCUGAGCCAGCAACCCAGGUUGAAGGAUCCAGUGCGGGUGCUGUCCAAGAAGCUAAGAAGAACCGGGUACAAGAAAUGGAAACAAGGCCGGUCGAGAGUAGACUAAUGCUGAAGACCGAAAUGAAUACCUCCUGGCUACAAUCUUUGAUCAGCACGAUAAUUGGAAAUUUGAAGCUUAUCAUCUCAAACAUACAUAUCAGAUAUGAAGAUGUAGAGGGCAAUCGUGGCCAUCCAUUUGCAGCAUGUAUAACAUUAGAGAAACUCUCAGCGAGGAUAUUUGAUGACACGGGGAAGGAGACAUUUAUCACUGGAGGUGCAUUAGAGCGGAUACAGAAGGUAUGAAUCGAUUACGACUUGAUUUUUUAUUACAUUGAUAAGCCAUGCUCAACAAAUAUGCAUUGUCUUGCUCUCUUUCUCAUUCGGUCCUCUUCACACAGAUAUUUCAUCCAAACUCUUUCAAUUCUGAUUUGAUAAGAGUUCUUGUUAAGCCAUGCCUUCCAAGAUUGUUUACCACUAAAUUAGUCUAUCUCCCCUCAUGCACCAUAGAUAUAUGUGCGGACGUAGUGAAAAGAAAUUUUUACUAUGAUCUAGUACUCUCAAUAUGUUAUCCUCAAUUUGUUUGAGGUUGAUUCACCAUAUUUAUCUACAAAAAAUAGUGUGGGGUCAAAUAGAUAACACUUUAAGAUGAAAACAAAGUAAUCCAGAACUAAUCCGGAAUUUAAAACCGCAACCGGAACUGGAGGAAACGGAAAUCGGAUCGAAGCCGACCCUACCUGGUAGCGGUACCAACUCUCCUAAAAUGGGUACCGGAAUCAGACCAGCCCGGUACUGCGUCCACCCUACUUGUCAUAUUGCCUCGUUUCUCAUGGGUUGGAGUCAAAUUCCACACCCACACGGCAACCAAACACUGCAAAGUUGGACAAAUAGCCAGAGAUUUGAGUAUGGCUGACGAUGUGAUUGAGACCCGUUUGGCUGUUCUUAUUUAUCGGACACAUGAAUUGAAAACCGGGCAUCAUGAUAGUAUUGUACACACACAAACAUUAAGGAUUCAGGUUUCACUU